CCGCCGGCCGCCAGUCCAUAUCCCCUACCGCCUACCGCACGUCAUCCGGCCUCCGCUUGAUCAGCCAGCCGCCCCACUCCACCCUCCACUGCGGCACGAGCUCCCUCCCGGCGAUGUCGUGGCUCGCGCGCUCCAUUGCGGCCACCCUCUCCUCCGCCCCCGACGACGACGGCCACUCCGAGGCGGCCUCCGGCGACAGAACCCCGGAUCACGCCGCCAACGCCGAGGAGGACGAGCAGCCGGACACCCCCGGCCGCGGGGUCAAGGGCGACAUCUCCGAGCUGACCGAGUCCCUCACCCGGCGCUUCUGGGGCGUCGCCUCCUUCCUCGCGCCGCCGCCGGCGGCCGGGGCCGAGGCGUCGACGGCGGCGGCUGAGACGGAGGCGGACGCGGAGGGAGAGUAUGGGCCCCAGUCCCCGCGGGUCGCCGGGAUCCGGAACGACCUGGCUGAGAUCGGGGGCAGGGUGAGGAGCGGCAUCUCGAUGCUGUCCAACGCCAACGCCGUGGCGGAGAUCUCCAAGAUCGCCUCCUCCUUCCUGCCUUUCGCGCCGGAGGAAGAGGAGGAGGAUGAGGUGGAUGCGGUGGGUGUGACGGAGGAGGUGGUGGUCUUCGUCAGGCACAUCUCGACCUCUCCCGAGACUUGGCUCGAUUUCCCCCUCUUCGUCAACGACCGGCACGCCGAUGAUUUUGAACUGUCAGAUACACAAUAUGAACAUGCAUUGGCUAUAGAGCGUAUAGUACCAAGCUUAUCAUAUCUCAGAACCGAACUUUGUUCGACCAAUAUGAGUGAAGCAUGCUUUUGGAAGAUCUAUUUUGUGCUUCUUCACUCAAAGCUCAAUAAGGAAGAUGCCGAGCUUCUUUCAACGACACAGAUCUCGGAAGCAAGAGAAGAGUUAUUGCAAAGCUCCCCAAGGAUGAAAAAUGUAUCGUCUGAGGGUCCUGGGGGCUCAUCAGAAAGCAGCAAUGUUCCAUCUAACCAAGCUGAAGAUAUAGAGUUCUCACCCUCGAGCAUCCAAGACAAGAUUGGAACGGCUGAAGCAACAUCUUUCGAAGAACCAACCCCUGAUCCUCUGCCAGCGGCUGAGGCUGACAAGCAUCCCAUUUCAACCAGCGAGCCGGAAAUAGUUGACAAGUCUGUAAUCGAAGAAGAGCUGGUGGCCAAAACUGAAAUCAAGAAUCCGGGUGACAAACCCAACCUGUACACUCCGGAUGAUGACGACGACAAAGAAGUGGAGGAUUGGCUAGAGGAUAUGGACCAUGAUGACAACAAAACCGGCAAUAUCACUUCGGUUGGGCAGGACGAAGAUGUGUCAUUCAGCGAUCUGGAGGAUGACGAUGAUGAUUAAGGGUUGGCUGAUGGUAUAUACCAAAACCCAGUGCCUGAUACAAACGCUGUUAAAAGAAGGAUCGUGUCUCCCUAGCUAUUACAAAGCGAACAGCAUGGAAGCAGAAUCACGACAAGUUUAUAAGUAUGUCCCUGUGGUUUUGCUUUCUCGAUUCUAGUUGCACGUUUACUUGUGUGCCAUCAUGGUCUGUACAUAGAAACACUAGCCGCCCGUGUGCAACUACCACUUCUUCGCUGUGUCGAUGCAGGAUUCUGAUUGUAGAUACCACAACCAGCGUACGCACAAUACGGUCUACCUAUCAGAUAUCUUGUAACUGGUUAAGUUCAAGCAAACUAUUUUUGUUUUCCUUUUUCACCAUAGGUAAAUUGCAAAAAACCAUCAAAAUUGGGGACCCUAA